AUGCAGAAUUCUUCUUCCUUACAAAUGACACAAAGAUGCGGAGAGGUGAACAACAGCUCAGUAAUGUCAGCGUUACUACUUUCACAACAACAACAUGAUAAUAAUGACGAACACAAUCAAAGUCCUUCAUUGUUCACACCAUCAUCAACCUUGACAAAGAACGAUAUCAAUGGCACAACGCAAGUACUAACAGCACAUGAAUCCAAACUCACUUGUUUUACGACUCCAUCGUUUUCACUGGCCACAAGCUUCACAGAGAACGAAAUGAAAUGUAUUGACACGUACUUGACUUGUGUCUGUACUUCUCCAUCUUCCUUUUCAAUGUCAUCCUUCGAAGGAUCAUCAUCCACACUUUUCCAUCAUGACAGAAUUGUACCAUCAUCAUCAUCUUUAUAUCCAGCUCCAAUCGAAGAAAAAUCCCUCUUUUCACAGUCAAUCUCUUUUGCAUCUAAUUGCAAAGCAACGACAGAAUUGCUCGUGUCCAAGCCUCAUCCGUCCUCUUCAUCUCCCACCUUGCUUGACAUUUCCUUUCCACAAGCUCAACCAGAACUCCAUGAAGUGCCUCAACUUGCUCUCCACACAUCCUGCACCAUUCCAUCUUCUUCAUGUUCUCCAUCUCCAAAUGUGGAAGAAGAAGAAGGAAUUUCACCUUCAUGCCAGAUUGAAAUUCGAAUUCCUCAUUCCUCCUCUCCCGUGAAGAUUACCAAACCAAAAAAACUCCAAAGAAAGAAAUCCAUUUCUAUUGCACAUCCUGGCGCUUCAUUCGUGAAAGAAAAUCCAUGGCAAUUCCACACCUAUGUGAAGGGAAAGAGACAACACACCAAUAAUUUAGUGUUUUAUCAUUUCAAUCCCAAAGUGUCGAAUAUUAAAUAA